AGAAAACCAAACUGAAACCAUUUCAUUCCAUUUCAUCUCUUUUCCCUCGAGCAAGAAAACAUGCAAAGACUGGAGAAUACCUCUGCCAAUUUCGGCAAUCUUCUCGCCGCAGAUCGUCAAACCUUUCUCGACCAUAUAAAUUUACUGCUAUUCAAUUCGAACUACAAAAUACAAGUUGGAUUUGAUGACGGAAACUACUUUUGGUUUCCGAGCCAGUAUCGGAAUUUCCAGAUCUUUAACCAGCUUCAACAGCUCAAUGCGGGCCAAGCUAUCCAGUUUUUAGAUUUUGCGAACGCGAUAUUCGAUGAUAAGCAUUAUCGGAAAGAAUUAGAAUUUGAUGCCGCGACUGCCACUUUUACUCUGGUUGACCUUGAACCAGCCGGUCAAAUUCCUGUGAUUGUUCAGCCUGGCGGCGGCGGCGGUGGCGCCAAUCAAAUUCCGGCUAUUAUUCCUCAGCAGCCUGGAGGAGGAGGCGGCGACGGCGUCGGUCAGCCUGGCGGCGGCGGCGCCGGUCAAAUUCCUGUGAUUGUUCAGCCUGGCGGCGGCGGCGGUGGCGCCAAUCAAAUUCCGGCUAUUAUUCCUCAGCAGCCUGGAGGAGGAGGCGGCGACGGCGCCGGUCAGCCUGGCGGCGGCGGCGCGGGUCAAAUUCCUGCUGGAGGAGGAAGCGGCGGCGGCGCCGGUCAAAUUCCUGUUCCGCAGCAGCCUGGCGGAGGAAGCGGCGGCGGCGGCGGUCAGCCUGGCGGCGGCGGCGGCGUCGGUCAAAUUCCUGUUCCUCAGCAGCCUGGAGGAGGAAUCGGCGGUUCCAAUAGCGGCAGUUCCAAUCCUGCCAAUCCUGCUCCUGUCGUUCCUCAGCCGCUUCAGCCUGGAGGAGGAAAUCCUCCUCGUAUGGGUCAUGUGGCGGCUAAACUCUCUUUCGUAAAAGCAAUAGCUGAUGCUUUCCUUCACUUUACCACUGAUGUUAAUAAUCCCGUCUCUGCGCAACAACUUACUCAUUUUGUCGUGGACAGACUCACAAGUGCAGGCAUACCUUUUGAUGCGGAUAAAUUGCAUGAGCCAUUGGUAUCAACUCUCGAUCUGUUAACUGAUGAUCUCGACCAAGUUUAUGGCGGUCAGAUUAUUAAGGCGACUAACGGAUGGUACCUAGAGGUUCAUGGAAGCACGGACGAGAGGCAAUUGCAUUAA